AUGUGGGGAAUACCCGUUUUACGUAUGUAUUGUAUGUAUGCUCCGCGGUAUUCCUGCAAGUUUAUUGUUCGAUAGCGGGGCAUUUCCAUCCCCGUGUGUAUAUACAUACAUAUAUAUACACAUAGCUUUGAUAAUUGGUGCAAAAUCAGCAGAACGUGGCAGAACGAGACUCGAGAGUACGCUAUUUGUGGUUAUCUUGUACUGUCAUCUACUUUAAUCAGUCACGGAUAGCAAGUCCGCUUUGUUUGUUCACACGGGUUUUACGCAAGCAUGAUUUAAGUAUUUUGCAUCAAACGAACGCAAAAUCUUAUUAUUUUCAAGACAAUUUUGUUUUCUACGACCAGUAAGUUUGGCAUUUAUCAUGGAGGCAUACGCGCGUGCUCCAGAUCCUUUAACAGAAGAUAAUAUAACUAGCAACUGGCAAACCUGGAAAGAAGAUUUCAUUAUAUUUAUGAAAGUAACUGGAUAUAUUGAUAAACCUAAUGAAGUACGAGCGAAUCUUUUGAAAAACCGGAUUGGAAAAGUUGGUAUUGAAGCAAUACAAAAUAUAUCUUUUAACAAUAUACGAGACAAAGAUGAUAUGGAUAUAUUGAUUGAAAAGCUUGACGAAUACUUUAAUUCUCCCAAAAAAGAGGCAGUUGAACGAUACCACUUUUUUACAAGAUCAAAAAAGCAAAAUGAGUCUAUUGAACAAUAUAUAAAUAUUUUAAGAGAAAAAGCUAAAACUUGCAAUUUUAAAGAUAUGACAGAUAGUAUUAUACGAGAUAAAAUCAUUCUUGACACUCACGACAAAAUAUUGCGUAAAAAAUUUUUUGAAGAAGACAAUUUAGAUUUGUCGAAAUUAGUAAUGAUUUACAAUGAUUACAAGAUUAAUACUGAAAAGAUUAAAGAAGUUACUAAAGAAAGUAGAACAGAAUCCAAAAAUUUUAUACCAAAACCAUCAAAUAAUGAUAAGAUGAAGAAAAGUUGUUGGAGAUGUGACUAUCAUCAUCCAUUUGGAAAGUGUCCUGCUUGGGGAUCAAAGUGCACAAAAUGUGAUAACAUAAAUCACUUUACUCACUGCUGCAAGGAUUCUAGAUUUAAAAUGAAUGAUGAUAAGGUGAAUAAAAAUGUACUGGAUCCAAUGCAACAAGCAAACAAACUCUCAGCCUUGAAGAAGGACAAAUGGAAUAAUCAAGCAAAUUUUACUACAAAAGUUACUACAGAUUCAAUGAAUAAAACGAUUAGUUUUCCUGAUAUUCCGACGACAUCUUAUGAUGCUGUAAAUUCACCUGUCAAUAAUGAUUCUACUUUUGAUUUUGUAAAUACACAUAAUAUAAGUUCAAAAUUAGGUUCCAAUAAUAUCACAAAUCACACAGCACAUUUGCCUAAAAGUACACAGUAUAACAGUCGUGCAUAUACUAAGGCAUAUCACGCUAAACCAGACGGAACAGUUAGCAGUUCAUAUUAUGGAGGCCAAAGUAUUCAAUUUAAACCUCAGCAGAUGAAAACAUCUACAGAUACUUCUCGAGUGCCGAACAAUUUUUCACAAUAUGCAUCACAUGAUACAUUGCAUAGCACGUUAUUUAAAAAUAAUCAAAAGAAAAAAUCAGAUAAAGAUGCUUGUAUAUUGUCCUAGAUUUUUUAUUAUAUCUUUUAUAUAUCUUAUAUAUUAUAUAAAAUAUAUAUUUUAUAAAAUUA